CCGCGUUUGAACUUAAAAGCUAGUACUAUUUGAAGGUCGGACCGUGAUUUCAAAACAGAACAAGAAUUAUAGAAAAGUUUCAGUACUAUUUUCCCGCGUGAUGUACAAUUAACCUGGUACUUAAUAUUUCACAUUGAUUGUUACAAUUUUCUUCACACAGUGACAGUCACAGACCCAUCUCAAAAAAUGACUCGACCACGAAAGUCCUCGAAGGCGAUGGAUCCCGCGACAGCGGAGGCUCUUCUCCGUCAUAUUGAGUUGGCUCUUCUGAUCGAACCCAAGAAAGGUCGAGAGCAGUCCUGCGACUCGGAGACAGAAGACCCUGCAAAUCCUUCUCCUGAAAGUACGUCUGACGGUGCGGUGCACGAGCAGGCGUCUUACUCUCAUGGUGCGCUACACAAUGCCAAGGCGUCGAACCGCCAAGCACCUGCUCAACAAGAGUGGACACCUCUGCCUCUCGGGUACACUCCCGAUGGGAAGCUGAUCGCGCGCGUUCCUCCCGGAGUCCGCUACAAGCUCCAAGUGAAGAAUAACCACCUGGAUCAGAAUCAGAGAUUCGUCCUGAAGCCAUACAUUUUGAACGCAAAGACCCGAGAAAAGAUCUACUUCCUGUUCUACGAUGACCACAUGCCGCGAGACAAAAAUGCACGAGAAGAUACCGCGUUCAAGCCGCUAUGGCCGAACAAGCGCACAACCUUUGAAGGGUUCCAAGUGGAGUAUACCAAAAAAGAUUACACGCUCAAAAAAAGCUGGCAUCCUUUUGAGGCACGCCGCGACCACGGAGCGAUUCAGUCUGACGACCACGACCUCGACCAUUCUACUGAUAGUACUGAAUCCACUUCCACGACCUCGCAUUGUCCCGAAGAGAUUCACGUCGAGGUUUAUCGUAAUGCGGGAGACUGGACAUGUAAUCGCGGCGGCGGUCACUGCGAAUGUCGACGAAAGAAACCUGCUGGCGGCAGUGUCACCGUGCCAGGGAAGUUGGACAAUUCAUUCGUUGAUUGUCCUGGAGCAGCCAAGCGUUGGGAAAGUGCGCAAGGGAAAUUUAUCGGCACGUUAACUCUCUCUUUGGCGAUUCGACAGUAAAAUUCUGAUACAACUAGUAAAAAGUAAUAAUCUCGAGAAGACAUCAUAGUGCUAAGAACAAGCUAUACUAGCACUAGCUAAGGACUUCUCUCAUCCGCUGCCUGUGGCAUACUACGGGUACGAGGACAACAUGAUCGACAAGGACAACAAGAACAGUUAUAUAUAACGAAUGGCUCCCGACGACAUGUUGAUGAAGCGCGACAAGAAUUCACGAAUCGUUCUUCAGUGACAUCCUAUCUUCAGAAACGAAGUGGCGGUUGGGAUUCGAGCAGAAAGUUGCUACUUCAUCAUCCGGGAUGAUAUCUUCGAUGCUAUUGAUUUAUCUUGUAGUUACCCAUUGCCACCUACGAUACUGAUCAUACAGUUACUUUCGACGAAAGCGGACCUAUUAACGAAUGUAGAUUAUCUUGAAGACCAGCUGUGCCGCUAGGACAUGCUGAAGAUAUGGCUCUAUCAUAUAUUGAUUGUGAUUUAUUCAAUCUCUUUUCUUCCGGAAAUAAAGGCUACUAAGAUUUUUUGAAGCACAAGAACAAGUACAUGUAUUUCUGAAGCGUGAACAAUUUUAGACUCGCACAAGGACACUCAUUUUUGAAUGAAGGUUGAACAAUAAACUUCGUAGCACAAGAACAAUGUAGUUGUCGUUCUGCAUCUACCUACAGCACUCAUUAGUUCGCGCUAUCAAUCAUUGGGAAUAAUGUUUCGCAGGAAAAGAAAAGUCUUAGGACAAGGCACCUCUCAAUAGGAACAUGUUGAAUAAUUCUAGGCAUGUGACUCAUCUGCAACCGAGAAGGUUGCUCUUGAUUGCCGCUUCAUCUGGUACGACAAAAUACAAUUACUUAGUACAAACAUGUUAAUAUAAUGUCAUAGUGAAUUUGGAAAGAAGAAUCCAGUAGAGAUAGAGGCAGAAUAUCUCUACAUCACGACUGAAGAUGUGAUAUUAACUGCUCUUAUGGUAUACAUGAGACAACUUUUACGAACAAUAUAAACUAACAGUACAACAACAAGGUCGGAUUAGAAAGACAGUCCUGGAUUCUCGAAACGCAUCUUCGUCAUGGGUUUAAGGAUCCUUUUUGUGCAGACUGGAAUCGUACAAGUCCAGAGCAGUAGUUUUGAAAUAUUAGAAGUAAUGAACACAGGGAUUCGCAUUCGACUUAAUAUUGUUGGGUAACCACGUUGGUUUGGGUCAGCAUUCCGUUAC